CUCCCGUGCGCGCUCCCGCUGUGUCCAUGGCGUGCGCGGGGGGCGGCGCGGGGCCCCCCCCGGGUUGGUACCACCGGGACCUGAGCCGGGCGGCGGCCGAGGAGCUGCUGGCGCGGGCGGGACGGGACGGGAGCUUCCUGGUGCGGGACAGCGAGAGCGUCAGAGGGGCCUACGCACUGUGCCUGCUGUUCCAGAAGCACGUGCACACGUACCGGAUCCUGCCGGAUGAGGAGGACUUCCUGGCUGUGCAGACAUCCCAGGGGGUUCCGGUGCGGCGGUUCCAGACGCUGGGGGAGCUGAUCGCGCUGUACCUACAGCCCAACCAGGGGCUCGUCUGUGCCCUGCUCUUCCCUGUCGAGCGCGACAAGGACCGCGAUGCUGCCGAGGACCGCGACUACUCGGAUGGGGAUGAUGAGAAGCCCCCGUUGCCACCGCGCUGCGGCUCCAGCAGCGGCUGCAGCACCUCGGGGGGGCUCAGCCCAACUGGCCCCACAGCGGCUGUGCCCGAUGGGGCAGCCGAGAGCCCCAAUGGUCCGGUCCUGCUGCCCCACGAGUACCUGCGCAGUGCUCAGUACUCUCAGGACCUGGCAGGGGUUCAGGGGGGGGGCAACUCCCUGCCCCACCUGAGCCGAGCGCUGAGCACCUCCUGCCGCCGGCUGCACAGUGAAGUGGACAAGGUCCUGGCAGGGCUGGAGACCCUGGCCAAGGUGUUCGACCCCCAGAGCGCCCCCAGCGUGGGCAGGGCCCUGCAGCAGCCCAUGGGGCAGGGAGGGGAGCAGGAGCUGGAGACGCUGGUGCUGAAGCUGUCGGUGCUGAAGGAUUUGCUCUCCAGCAUCGAGAAGAAGGCGCUGAAGGCUCUGCAGGAGAUGAGCUCUGCCCCCCCCAGCACCCCCCCACAACCCCUGACCCGCAAGGCCAAAAGCAUCCCGGUGCAGACCUUCGAGGUGAAGCUGGACGUCACCCUGGGGGAUCUGACCCAGAUCGGGAAGUCCCAGAAGUACACCCUGAGUGUGGAUGUGGAGGGGGGGAAGCUGGUGGUGCUGAAGAAGCAGAAGGACACACAGGAGGACUGGAACACCUUCACCCAUGACAAGAUCCGGCAGCUGAUCAAGUCCCAGCGCGUGCAGAACAAACUGGGCAUCGUCUUCGAGAAGGAGAAGGACAGAACGCAGAGGAAGGACUUCGUGUUCGCCAGCGCCAGGAAGCGAGAGGCCUUCUGCCAGCUCCUGCAGCUGAUGAAGAACCGUCAUUCCCAGCAGGAUGAGCCCGACAUGAUCUCCAUCUUCAUCGGCACCUGGAACAUGGGCAGCGUCCCCCCCCCCAAGAGCAUCUCCUCGUGGGUGACGUCCAAGGGCCUGGGCCGGACGCUGGAGGAGGUGUCAGUGACCAUCGCACACGACAUCUACGUGCUGGGCACACAGGAGAACUCUAUGGGGGACAAGGAGUGGGUGGACUUUGUGCGCGCCGCGCUCAAGGACUGCACCGACCUCGAGUACCGACCGGUGGCAGUGCAGGCGCUGUGGAGCAUCAAGGUGGUGGUGCUGGUGAAGCCGGAGCACGAGAACCGCAUCAGCCACGUCAGCACCUCCAGCGUCAAGACCGGCAUCGCCAACACCCUGGGGAACAAAGGCGCUGUUGGGGUCUCGUUCAUGUUCAAUGGCACCUCCCUGGGCUUCGUCAACUGUCACCUGACCUCGGGCAGCGAGAAGACGGCACGCGCAAACCAGAACUACGUGGACAUCCUGCGGCUGCUGUCGCUGGGGGACAAGCAGCUCAGCUCCUUCGACAUCUCCCUGCGCUUCACACACCUCUUCUGGUUCGGGGACCUCAACUACCGCCUGGACAUGGACAUCCAGGAGAUCCUCAACUACAUCGGGCGCCGGGAGCUGGAGCCGCUGCUCCGUGUGGAUCAGCUCAACCUGGAGAGGGAGAAGCACAAAGUGUUCCUGCGCUUCGGGGAGGAGGAGAUCACCUUCCCCCCCACAUACCGCUAUGAGAGGGGAUCCAGGGACACAUACGUGUGGCACACGCAGAAGCCAACGGGGGUCCGCACCAAUGUGCCCUCAUGGUGCGACCGCAUCCUCUGGAAGUCCUACCCCGAGACCCACAUCAACUGCAACGCCUAUGGCUGCACCGAUGACAUCGUCACCAGUGACCACUCUCCCGUCUUCGCCUCCUUCGAGGUGGGAGUCACGUCCCAGUUUGUCUCCAAGAAAGGGCUCCCCAAGACCUCGGAGCAGGCACACAUUGAGUUCGAGAGCAUCGAGGCCAUUGUCAAGACCUCCAGUCGCACCAAGUUCUUCAUUGAGUUCUAUUCCACAUGCCUGGAAGAGUUCAAGAAGAGCUUCGAGAACGAUGCUCAGAGCAGUGACAACAUCAACUUCCUCAAGGUGCAGUGGUCGUCCCGGCAGCUGCCCACGCUCAAGCCCAUCCUGUCGGACAUCGAGUACCUUCAGGACCAGCACCUCCUGCUGACGGUCAAGUCCCUGGAUGGGUACGAGUCCUACGGGGAGUGUGUGAUCGCGCUCAAGUCCAUGAUCGGCAGCACCGCGCAGCAGUUCCUGACCUUCCUGUCCCACCGCGGAGAGGAGACCGGCAACAUCCGCGGCUCCAUGCGGGUGCGGGUGCCGGCUGAGCGCCUGGGCACCCGAGAGAGGCUCUAUGAGUGGAUCAGCAUCGAUAAGGAUGAGGCCACCACCGGCAAGGGGAAGGUGCCAAUGGGUGCCAGGGCCACCCAGGACUAUGCCAGAUCCUCCACCCGCAAGCCCACAUCCGAUCCCUGCACCAUUGCCAAGCCUGCGGAGGAGCCGGAGCAGAGCAGCAGCAUCCCUGCCCCACGGCCCCCAGGCACACACCGCAGGGAGGAGCCUGCCCCCAACCGCCCGCCGCCGGACCCGGACCCACAUCCCAACAGCUUCAACAACCCUGCCUACUACGUCCUGGAGGGUGUCCCUGAGCGGCGCCGGCCCCGCAGCCCCCCCCCCCCCUCGGGACGGGAGGGCCCCCCCCCCUCGGCCCCCGACGGCUCCUGCUCCGUGCUGCAGAUGGCCAAGAGCCUGAGCCAGGAGGAGUUCGGGACCCCCCCACGUCUGACCCAUGGAGCAUUCCGAGCUCAUCCCAUACGGGAGAGCAUCCAGGAGGAGAUGGCCGAGGAGGCCGUGGGUGCUGUGGGUGCUGUGGGGGUCUGGCUGCGGGCCCUGGGGCUGCAGAGGUACGAGCAGGGGCUGGUGCACAACGGUUGGGACGACCUCGAGUUCCUCAGUGACAUCACGGAGGAGGACCUGGAGGAGGCCGGAGUGCGGGACCCGGGACACAAACGUGUCCUCCUGGAGAGCCUCCAGCUCCGCAAGUAGCGGAUCCUGCAUCCGGCAGCAUCCUGCAUCCCAGAUCCGCAUCCCAUUGUCCUGGAUCCGCAUCCCAUUGUACCGGAUCCACAUCCUGGCAGCAUCCUGGAUCCUGGAUCCGCAUCCCAGCAG